UUUCCGAGGCGAGCGGAAGCGGCUCUGCCGGGGUCGGGACGAGCCCGAGGCAUGGCGGAGACGUCCUCGGAGCGGGAGGCGGAGGCCGAGGCGCUGGCCGCGGCGCGGGAGCGGAGCCGGCUCUUCUUGAGCGGCCUAGAGCUGGUGCAGCAGGGCGCCGAGGCGCGCGUCUUCCGCGGCCGCUUUCAGGGCCGCGCGGCCGUGGUGAAGCAUCGCUUCCCCAAGAGCUACCGGCACCCGGCGCUGGAGGCGCGGCUCGGCCGGCGGAGGACGGUGCAGGAGGCGCGGGCGCUGCUCCGCUGCCGCCGCGCGGGUAUAGCUGCCCCGGUUGUCUUCUUCGUGGACUAUGCUUCUAACUGCUUAUAUAUGGAAGAAAUCGAAGACUCGGUGACUGUUCGAGAUUAUAUCCAAUCCACUAUGGAGACCGAAAAAGACCCCCAGUGCCUCCUGGACUUGGCCAGGAGAAUCGGGCAGGUUCUGGCCAGAAUGCAUGACGAAGACCUCAUUCACGGGGACCUCACCACCUCCAACAUGCUCCUGAAGCGGCCCCUGGAGCAGCUGAACAUCGUGCUCCUCGACUUCGGGCUGAGUUUUGUUUCGGGACUGCCGGAAGAUAAAGGCGUCGACCUCUAUGUCCUGGAGAAGGCCUUCCUCAGCACCCACCCCCACACCGAGACUGUGUUUGAAGCCUUUCUAAAGAGCUAUGGUACUUCAUCCAAAAAGUCCGGUCCAGUGCUGAAGAAGUUAGAUGAAGUGCGCCUGAGAGGGAGAAAGCGGUCCAUGGUCGGGUAGCAGAGUUGCUAUAGUAACUGUCUCCCAGUGAGAAUGCUGUGGAUGCGGCUGGGCUCGGCAGUGGGGUCAUUGUUAAGUGGCCUGCGAUCGUGCUGUGCCACCGUCACCUGCGGUUCACUAUUCUCAGGAGCUUAAUGUGUACAAGGCCAGGUCUGGGCAGAACUGGUGUGUAACUCAGGCUGGCAUCACACUUGCUGUGUAUGAUGAGGUUAAAACCUUGAACUCCUGAUCUCCUGCAUCCGUUGGAGUAUAGGUGUGUGCUGUCUGUCACUCCUGUUUGAUCAAUGCCCAGGGCCUCACACAUGCUAGGCAGGUGCUCUACCAACUGAGCUGCGUCCCCAGCCCUAGCCCUGGGUGUUUCAGAUCAAAUCCAAUAGGCUUUCUCCCAAACAGUGGCUUGUGGACCUCAUGCAUUCCAGGUGGCAUUGAUUUGAGAACGGUACUGUAGUCCUGGAGAGAUAAAGGCGGGGAUAGUGUUUCUCUCUCUUCCCUCUAACCUGCUGGGAUUUGGGUGUGUGUACAAAGACUGCUUCAAGCCAGUUUAGUGGGAUAUAACUAUCACUUUGAGAGAGCACUGUAGACUGACUGGGAUACAGUGGACUGCUCUCCGAAGUGUUUUAGGUGUGUAUUUUUACAUGGGUGUAUUUGGAGUUUAUUAUAAAAGGUGUUUUUGAGGCACUGGAGAGGUGGCCUUGUGGUGCUUGCUCUUCCAAAGGAUUCUAGUCCAGGACUCAGGCUUCAAGGGACCCAGUGGCUCUGCCUCCUCAGGUACCUCUACUUACAUGCAUAUGCCCCUCUUCUCAUAAUUAAAUAUAGUAUGGAUAAAUUCUUGAAAUAUUUUUGAGAGUCAGAAUAAAAAGAUGCAGAAAUAGCAUUUUGAAUUUUUCUUUUCUAGAAAAGCAGGCUAUGGCUUUCAGAUGACUAGAACACAGCAGCAUGUAGGUUUUUACCGUUCCAGUGUCCAUAGGUCUUGAAGCUCAUGGGGUAGAGAAGAGAGUUGGUGUAUCUCAAGCGGUGGGGAGGCAGAACAAAGAUGAAGUGCCUUGUAAAGUUGGUAAGCCGGGUUUCCAGUCUGAAUACUUGAGUCCUCUCCGGACCAGGACUGAAUUCCAUUCACAACUGCUGCUGCUGCCUGAGUGCCAGCAUGUGACAGACAGACAGACAGCCAGGAGAGGAUGCACAUGGCCCUUCCUGGGUAGCUGUUGCCAGUGAGCUUUGCUCAGUGCAUGGCAUGUUCUGUGCUAGGGGUUUUCGUAGUCAGCUCUCAGGAUGUUGUCACUGUAGAUGGGUGGUGGCCUGGACAGAGGUUGCUAGCUCAGCACAGGAAGCAAGAGGCACUCUUGCCAGCGUUCUUUGAGGUUUAGGGUUUGGGUUUUGUUUUGUUUUGUUUUUAUUUUUGUUUCUGUGAGAUAAGUAUCUCGCAGGAGGCAGCAGGCUCAGAGGAAUGAAGCCAGGUGGGGAAGUCCAGCAGGACACCAGCACAUGUUCAACCCUGAGGACCCUGGUCAGCACUCCUCUAGGUAACUGCUCAUGGAACCAGUCCUUGGGUCCAUGUUGUAAAACUUGGCGUGGUGGGUGCCUCCUGAAGAGUCUGCUGGUGAAUGCGAUGAGUGAGCCAUGCCACAGUGUUACUGGCCCCACUUGUGGGGGUGGAGUGUGAGCUGUAACUCCAUUGUUAAUACAGUCCCAGUCAGACUUUUCCAAAAGCAGGCAGGUAUGAGCUGCCAUAAGCCAUGCCGUAUCAAUUUGUUUUGUUUUGAGAAAGUUCUUCUGUGUAGUCCUGGAUAUCCUGGAAUUCAUUCUGUAGAUCAGGCUGGCUUCAAACUCAGAGAUCCACCUGCUUCUGCCUCUCAAG